AGCCAAGGCAACAAUGGGACCUUCGAUAACCGUCCUUCUGUAACCGCUCGGAUCCUCAAUUUUCGGAAGGGAUUUGACGAUUGAAUGCAAUUCAUAUCGUAUCUUCAUUAUCACUAUAUAUGAAUAUAAUUUUCGUUUAUAUACCGUUGUGAGGGGUUGAUUCGCGAGUGUGUCUAAGAAGCGGUAUUAAAGCCGCGUCCCGACCAACUGACAGCCAUGGUCCUCUCGCCGCCAUUCUGACGGCGGAAGGCUCUACAGUUAACACAGCUACACCAACGACUGUUUAAGACAGUGUGUGAGUCUUGUUUGGGCGUUCAACCGGGGGCUGUGCACCGGUGGAAGGGUUUUUCUACGUGUCGUAUCGGUGGGGGACGGGCGAUCUCCGUUACGUAACCGGAGUAGGAGGCGGGAGGCGAGACCUAGGCGUAACCGGAGGAGGCGGGACCUAGCCUGACCGGGGGAGGCGGGACCGAUUUUCCAGCCUGGCUAGUUUCCAGCAUUUUCAGAUUCAGCAGUACAGCAGCAGCUCGUGUCGACACAGAUCUGGGACUUUACGGACAGGACAGGCACCCUAGGAUAUCAGUUUGUGUUGCUUUCGCCGUGCUUUGGCCGUGAGCUGAUUGGUCGGCUCCGUGUCGGUCGACGCCCACCCCACCUCGUCUCUCGUGUGAGGAGGAUACCAGCAGGGGUCUACCAUGUUGGUUUGACCCCCCCCCCCAUUCCCCACACAGCGAGUCAGUACCCCCAGCUCCAGGACCCCCCCACCCCCCUUCGUCGGACCGUCACCAUGGCGCAACUGGACCCCGCCCGCCCCUUGGUUUCCCAGAACCGCGAGCUGGUGCUGUUCUACAUCACGCACAAGCUGGCCCAGAAGAACUUCCCCCUCAACCACCUCACACUGGCGGCCACGCCCCCAAACCGGACUGAGGUGGGCGGGGCCGCACCGGGCCCCGCCCGCGUCCCCGCGCCGCACGCCAACGGCACGCCGAACGGCACCACCACCGCCGCCGCCGCCACGCCCCCCCCAUCGCCCCCGCCCACCGCGCCUCCGCCCCGGCGCCAGUCGUCCGCGGAGACGGUCGCCAUGGCGGCGGUGAAGGAGGCGCUGCGGGACACGGCGGGCGAGUUCGAGCUGCGCUUCACGCGGGCCUUCAGCGACCUCUCCUCCCAGCUGCACAUCACGCCGGCCACCGCCUACCAGAGCUUCGAGAGCGUCAUGGACGAGGUGUUCCGCGACGGCGUCAACUGGGGCCGCGUGGUGGGCCUGUUUGCCUUUGGCGGCGCCCUGUGCGUGGAGUGCGUGGAGAAGGAGAUGAGCUCCCUGGUUGGGCGCAUCGCCGAGUGGAUGACGGUGUACCUGGACGUGCACAUCCAGCCCUGGAUCCAGGCGCAGGGGGGAUGGGAGCGUUUCUCCGAGGUGUUUGGGAAGGACGCGGCGGCCGAGAGCCGGCGUUCCCAGGAGAGCUUCAGGAAGUGGUUCCUGGCGGGGAUGACCCUGUUCACGGGGGUCGUGGUGGGGUCACUCUUCGCCCAGAAACGCCUCUGAACCCCACGAUGAAGAUGAAGACCUCCACACCUCCAUGUCCUGCACGACAUAGUGCAAAUGAAGGCUUUUAUUUUGGCGUCUCAUCCUCGCCACGCCCUCCUCUCUCGCCCGCGCCUUUAUUUUGAAGAGUAGUUGACUUUGUUUUGUCCUGCUGUUGAUUGGCUCUCAUCGUUGCCGCCGUUGCUGUUUGCUGGUGAUGUCACACUCAACGGACUAAACCAGGAAGAGGAGGAGCCAACCCAGGAGGAGGAGGAGGGGCUAAAUAUGAAAGGAGGGGGGGGCACUAAUGGAGGAAGACUAGGAGUUCAGUGAGAAGAUGAGGAGUGAGGAAAAGUAGCUGUUUUGGUCAUCCUUUCCCGCUUGCAGACCCCCGAUGGGCACGAUGACCCCGACCCCCUGCCGAACACCUAACCCUAACCCUAACACACAGAUGGACAGGAAGUGAUGUCAGGGCGAGGAGGCAGGAAGUGAUGUCAGGGGGAGGAGGGAGGGAGGGAGGAGGGGGGAACGAUUCCCUGUCGUUGACUUUUGAUUUUAACUCCUUCUCACACGGUGUGCCCCAGUUUACAUUUUUAUCCUAUUAAUUCAACAUUUUUCUUUCUUAAAAGACAAAUUAAUAAAAGCUGUUUUUGCCAGGCCCUUUGUAACUGUAAUUAUGUGUUCCCCUUCCCCCUCCCUCUCACCCCCACCCCAGGGUAGUAUUGUUUGUGCCAUAUAGAUCACUUUCUGUUCGGGGGGGGGGGUUCAGGGUCUGGGUGGUGUAGUUUAUGGGGCUGUUGUGAUUCAUUUUAGUCCCUGUCAUCUGUGUUCACCAUAAAUCAGAAAUCACCUGUUUCUCCCAGAUGCAAGUUAUUAGAACCUGGGUUAUUAAAUCUCUGUGUUCCCCCAGAGCUUGUUCCACACUUUCGUACGUCUGUCUAGUCUUUAUUUUGGAAGGCUUGAAUUUGGUCUGUUCGCUGCUUGCCAUGUUUUUUUUCUUUCAUUUUUAUUGAAACAUGCAGUUCAUAUGCAUAUACUGCAUGGUUGUCGAUGGCCAAAGCUACUAGCGUGUCAGGCUAGUACGGGGGGGGCCGUGGUGGAUACGGGCAGGGCACUUUUCCCAAAGUGAAGGCUGCAACCUUGCUAGAACACUUAGCUUGUGGAAAUGAGGCUAGAGUGCUGGCUAGAGUGCUGCCUAGCGUUUGUAGCAUUCAGAGUUUGGGACGACCUGUGUAAAAAAAUCACACGGGUUAAUAUUUUGCAUUUACAUGAUUAAUCUAUAAAAAGCAGUACGGCACAAAAUAUUUCUGAAAACGUUCAAAAACUUCACUUGUGUAAAGCAACGGGUAUUGCUUUCCAGACGCAAUUUGUAAAUACCCCACGAAGCGUGUGAACACAAAGGAUUGUGGGUAUUUUGGCUCGUUGAGACACGAAAAGGGCGCGAAUUUCCGAGCGUGCUUGUCGGUGUUCUAUGACGUAGCAUCCGUAAAAGGGCGGCCGUUGAGCAUGCUUUCUUCACUUUGGGAAACAGCCCAGAGGGCGUCUGGUCUACCCUGUCGCCCCAACUGUAGCUCUAGGAAGGACAAACACGUACAGUAGCCGGUAGGGGACCGAAGGCCAUGUCCCGAGUGAACCAGGAAAUGCACGCGAAUCCCUCUGGUUGAGGGGAAGAGAGAGGUUGUGUCAGUUGGGGUUAGUUUACUUUUAGAGGCUGUCUUAAUUGACAAGUCGGCAAUAAAGUGUGAAACCCUGUGUGAUCUUUUAACA